AUGGUGGUGAUCCAUGGUACAGCGAACCUGGACGAGGGACAGCGUGCAGCGGGUGGCUCGGAGGACGAAGAUGACUCGGAGGAGGAUGAUGACUCGGAGGAAGAUGAGGAGGAGGAUGAUGACUCGGAGGAAGAUGACUCGGAGGAAGAUGAGGAGGAUUCUGAGGAGGAGUGGAGCGAAGGGGAGGAGAGUGAAAGGGAAGAAGAAGGGAGAGGCAGUGGUGGUGGUGGUAGUGCUGGCAGGAAUGGUGCGGGAGGUGCGGGAGGUGCGGGUGGUGCGGGUGGUGCGGGUGGUGUGAGCGGCGGCGGCGCCUGUAAUGCGGGUGGUGGCGGUAGAAUUGGCAGCAGUGGUGCUGGUAACACGGGUGGCAGUGCGUUGGGUAAUGCGGGUGGCAGUGGUGGCAGUACUGUAGCCGGCAAUGGGGCGGGUGGCGAUGGUGCCUGUAGUGCCAGCGGCAGUGGUGCCAGUAGUGGCAGUGGUGCCAGUGGUGGCAGUGGUGCCAGUGGUGGCAGUGGUGCCAGUGGUGCCAGUGGUGCCAGUGGUGCCGGUGGUGCCGGUGGUGCCGGUGGUGCCGGUGGUGCCGGUGGUGCCGGUGGUGGUGGUGGUGUGAGACCUCCCCUACUACCCCAUCAGUGCAUACCACUCUCCUUGCCAACCUCCCAUCCCCCCUCUUCCAACCAGUCACCAUCUCACUCUGCCAACCUCCACACACCUACCCUCCGUCUUUUCCAAGCACUUCCCGUCCUCUCUGAUAACUUCACCCCACUCCCUGCCAACCUUCUCUCCCCCUCGUUGUCAAACCCCCGCCACCACCAUCCCCCCCUCCCCCAUCCCCCCUCCCCAUCCUCCGCCAACCUUAUCUCCUCUGCCAACCUUCCCCAAUUCAGUCACUGCAAAACUUCCCCACCCUUCUCUGCCAACAUCCUUGUCUCUCUGCCAACCUCUCCCCCUCUCCUUGUGCCAACGUCCCCUUCUCUAUCACAAACCCCUCUCUGCAUGUGUGCCCUCCCCCAUCCCUGCCAAGCUGCCCUCCUUCCCCCUCUCUGCCAAUCUCCCCCCUUUCCCCAAACCCCUAAUGGGAAUGCAGGUUACCUGUGGAGGUGGUAUCAUGCGGGGGGGCAGUUGGAGCAGCAGAACGACGGGCACGAGAGGGUGAAGCAGGACGUCCACCAACGGCUGUCGCACUAA